CGCAGUCGCAAAGAUUGCUUUCGAUAUCACAUCGAAGCGUCUGCUGUUCUCAAACGAUCCGAUGGAAGGUGAACGUAGUUUUAUAUGUGGACUACUAAUGUAACCGCGAGUAAAAGCUGAUUGUAGUCGAUUGAUACAAAAUUGCAAAUAACAUCCGAGAGUUUUGUGCACGUGAUUCUUUGUUUUUUAAAGAUUGUGCAUCAUUGUUUUGAGCUUGUGCAUUUAUAAAAUCGUUUUCAUUUGAAUGAGUCGUUUCUGAAGUUUGAUUCAUUCAUAAAAAUGCCGCAUGAAACAACGAUAUGCCGGCUUCUUUGAUGACUGCCUCCGAUAGAUGAGAAAAGCCUUUUAAUUUUGCAAACAUGAUUGACCCGCGGGCCGUGUCAAGGCGAUUGCGGUGGUGUUUAAGUGUACAAACUGUACUGUGUUGUGUGUAUUUAGAAGUAUUUGCUGUGGCCGAUUUAAAUGAAGUUUUAGGUAAACCUAUCAUUUUGGAGGGUCCACGUAACGCUACUGUGCUGUCCGGCUCAAGUGUCCUUUUUCGUUGUGCUGUCGCGGGCGAUCCUAAACCCACCGUCUCGUGGCAAAAGAAUGGUCGUAGUUUGCAUCAUGCUGGUCAUGCCAAUUACAGAAUCUUAGAAAGUGAUGAUUUAAAACUGGACAAUGUCGGCCUGGCUGAUGAUGGCCUUUAUCAUUGCAUAGCAAGGAAUGAAAAGGGAAUGAAUUACUCACUACAAGCCCGGUUACGAGUUGAAGAGCCUGCAAAAUUAAAAGGUAGUCGAAGUAUAUACAAUGUUACUUGGGGCUCCGUAGUUCGAUUAGAAUGUUCAGCUCAAGGAGAACCACCUCCUAUCAUCACGUGGUUUCAAGAGGGUGUCCCAUUGGACGAAUAUAUCUUGGAGGAUCCAGUAUUUACUCAUUCAGAAUUGACUGUGAAUGCAACCCAAACUAUGAGCUUCACGUGCAAAGCAACCAAUUCCCUCCAGAGCCUCAACUCAUCUGUAGUUAGUGAUGUCAAGCACUUCCAAAUAUAUGUAACUCCAAGAGAUGAAGAAGAUUUUUGGGAGGAAGACAACUUCCUUACUGAUGUUCUUGGAUCUGAAGAGGAGGAGGACAUCACUGAAGACGAAGGUCCUCUAACCAACGAAAUUGAAGUGUUUGAGGAAGAAAACAAAUCCUUGGAAGAUAAAAGGCCCUCAGAGGACGCAGAUGGGAGUGGUUCUGAGAAUCCGAAAGAAGAUGGCCCUUUAGGUGGAGGUACUGGGGAGAUACUUGGAUACUGUGCUCCUUAUACUGGCCAAGUGUGUAGGAAGUACUUGAAUGGCUCUGGACAUGUGUAUUACAACUUUACAAGUGAAAAUCAUAUCAUUCCUUUGAAUGAACAGAUAGCAGACGCUUUGUGGAAUGAACUUGUAACAUCAUUAUUCGAACCCUGCAGGAGUGCUGCUGAAGUGAUUCUGUGCCUGUAUGCCUUUCCCAGGUGUGAAUGGGCAGACGGGGUGGCUCGCCUAAAACCUCUAUGCCGGGAAGAUUGCAUAGCAAUCAAAGAGCUUUUUUGUUUAAAUGAGUGGGCUCUCGCCGAAGACAACAAGCAACGAGGCAUAUUUUUCAAAUCUCGUGGACACUUCCGACUUCCUGACUGUCACAACCUACCAACAUUAUCGAAAGGUGGGAAAGAGACCUGUUCUCACGCACAUUUAACAGAUAUGCAACAAGAUGAAAUCACGUAUGAUUGCAUUAGAGGACGAGGUCGCUUUUACCAAGGAACGGCGAAUAUCACUAAAACUGGUAUUCCAUGCCAGAGAUGGGAUGUGCAGGAACCUCAUCAUCACAACCGUCCUCCUAAAGUCUUUCCAGAGGUGCUUAAUUCAGAGAAUUAUUGUAGAAAUGCAGGAGGUGAAGAACCGGUGCCAUGGUGUUACACUAUGGACCCAAGAGUUCGUUGGCAACAUUGCGACAUACCCUUUUGUGAUAACAGCAGCCAGAUUUCUCAGCCGGACACAGAACUCAUUGAUAUUUUCGAGCCACCAUCAGAACCUCUUUUCACACCAACAUUCAUUUUAAUGACGUGUUCCUUGAGCCUGGCCGCUGUGGUCAUUCUUCUAGCCAUUGUCCUUGGUCUCAGGCGCAUCAGACAGAAAUCUUUAAUCCAAUCGCCUGUUCCAGGGUACAUAUCUCCGAACGAACGUGCUCCCCAUUUGAGCAACAAUGACGAUCCUGACGUAGAGAUAGAUCUCGACAAACUGCCUUCGAAUGUGUCCUACCACCGCACACAAGCAAAACUACAUCCGAAACUUGAAAACCUCGAAUAUCCUCGAAAUGAUAUCAUCUAUAUCAGGGACAUAGGACAAGGAGCUUUUGGUCGUGUCUUUCAGGCUAAAGCUCCAGGAUUGGUCAAAGCUGAAGACUUCACUAUGAUAGCUGUCAAAAUGCUGAAGGAUGAAGCAUCUGAUGAUCUUCAGAGUGAUUUUGAACGUGAAGCUUGUUUAAUGGCUGAAUUUGACCAUCCAAAUAUUGUCAAACUUCUUGGAGUGUGUGCCAUUGGCAAGCCUAUGUGCUUGCUCUUCGAAUUCAUGGGUAAAGGAGAUUUAAACGAGUUUUUGAGGUCCUGUUCUCCCACCAACUACAUAAUGCACACCGGCACCGGUAACCUGUUUAGUGAUGUGCGUUUGACGCACCUUGAUCUUACAAACAUCGCCAAGCAGGUCGCAGCCGGAAUGGUUUAUCUUUCUGAAAGGAAAUUUGUACAUCGUGACCUUGCCACUAGAAAUUGCCUCGUCUCUGAAGACAUGGUGGUCAAAAUAUCUGAUUUCGGACUGUCUCAAAAGAUCUAUGCCGCUAACUACUACAAAGGUAAUGAAGAUGAUGCCAUUCCAAUACGCUGGAUGCCUCUUGAAUCAAUCCUUUACAAUAAAUUCAUAAUAGAGUCCGAUGUUUGGGCAUUUGGUGUUGUUUUGUGGGAAAUAUUCACAUUUGCUCUCCAGCCUUAUUAUGGCAUGACCCAUGAAGAAGUGGUCAAGUAUAUCCAGGAAGGUAACACACUGAAGCGACCGGACGAUUGUCCGAAUGAGAUUUACAAGCUUAUGCAGUGCUGCUGGAAGAGAAAGCCAUCUGAUAGACCACCUUUUAAAACACUGUAUAAAUCUUUAGGAACUAUUCACAAUGACCUUUUGAAAAGGCAGUCCAAAGACCAAAGGACUCAUGUGUGAUCAAAGAAUUUAGAAACUUUCAAACGGACCAAAGAGACUGCAGAAGUGAAUCUAGUUUGAAUGCAUGGCUUACUAUUUAAUUUUUGAAACUAAAGAGCGGCUAAAUUUACUGGGGGUGACAUUUUUGUACAAAUCGCUGUACUUUGACAUUUUAAUGUUUUUUUUUUAAUUAUAAUUCCUAUUGAAAUUCCCAGUGAGAUAAGUGGCUUGUGAACGAUUUACCAUACAUCAUUCAUAUCCGCAGGUGAUUGUGAUCUAAGGAAAAUGCAAAACGCGAUGUUUUCAGUGUUUCAGAAAAUAAUAGGUCGUGUCUUAUAAACAUUUAAAAAAAAUGUUAUUAUCACAACAUAAGAAAUAAUCUUAAUUUCAAGUGAUCUCACAAUCUCCAUAUCCAAAGAGCCUAGUCUUCAUGAUUCUAAUAUAUUUCAUUCUGCUUUCUCUUCCAAGAUUGGUUUGUAAAUUUUAUUUCCUUCGAGAUUUAGUUUUAAGAUUUGUGGAAGAUAUGACAUAUAUGUUAUAAGUGAUUUUUAUUCAUAUCAAAAGACAGUCAUCGACUUUGUAAAUAUGUUCAUUUUCAGGCUCGUAAGAAUAUAAAUUUUAGAUUAUUUUUUUAUUGUAACAUAUAACUCUUUCGAAAGAAAACCGUUCAGAAUGUGAUUCUGGAGUUGAGUUGAUUAUUUGUAAAAAUAAGUUCAACUUGACAAUCAUUCUGUGAUUUUACAUAUGACUGUAUUUUGUUAAACAUUAUUUCUAAAAGUGUUUACAUGAGGCACGGAUCUUGACGGCUGGUUUAAAAAAAAUUUUUUUGAACUGAGGCAAAUAAACCCUCAAAAGAGCCCUAAAUAAUUAUAAACAAAUCAUUUUAAAACUGUCAAAUAAUUCGCUGAUUAAUUUUAAGUGAAAACUGUGAGAAAUUUUUUUUCCAAUUUCUUAAAACUGCUGAAUAGUUUUAAUUAGAUACCUUUAAAAAAAUCCGUUUAAUAAUUAUUUAAAAACUGUCUAACUGCACUGCACAGUUGAUCUAAAUUAAAUUUAUUUAAAAUGCGCUAAAUCGUUGUAAUUAAAUUUCAUUCAAAUUAUCAAAAUGCUCUGAAUAAUUGUCAAUUAA